UGUUUGACAAAGAUUAGAUGUGUAUUAAAUAAUGCUGUUUUCUCGUCGUUGGAAUCUUAUUGUUGGAAGUAUACGACCUGUUAACAUUCUUAAAAUAUAACCAAAAUUUGUUAGUUCUUUUCGUACGUAAGUGCUUUAUCGUCACAUAUGUAUGCCUUUGUAAUACACAUUCAAAUAUAUAAUUUUUGACACUCAUAGUGUUAAAAAAUAUCAAUUAUGCAUGAUAAAUUUUGUUUGUUAAAAUCACGAUUAAUUUUCGUGUGUAUUUAAGUGAGUAAUAAGUUCAAAAUUAAAAUUAUGUCAAACGAAUCAAUUUCCUCAAAUUUUGUUACACAAAAUCAGUUCACAUUUGCUGAAAAAUUUGCUCAUAAGAUAAGUAAAAAUAAAAAUAAAGGGAUAUCACAAUCUUCUGUAAGAAAAACUGAUAAGCAAUCAGUGCAUUUAGAUUCCGAAGAAAGAAAAGAAAAAGAAAUCAAGGGUCAAAAAUCUAAGUCCUCAAAACAAAAAGAAACAUUUCCACGACAUAUUUCCGAAAAGGAAAUUGAUAAACUUUUAAAAAAUCAAAAUACCAAUGAUGCACAAUAUGUAGAAGGAUAUUUACGCAUUAAUCCCUGGUGUCAUAAAUAUGCUUAUUUAUCUUUAUCCGAUGAUCAGUAUGAUCUAUUGAUUGUUGGUUUGAGAGAUAGAAAUCGAGCCUUUGAUGGUGAUUUUGUUGUAGCAUGUAUAAAUCAACCAGAAAAAUGGCAAGUCCAUCAAGGGCAGAAGCAGAAAACAGGUGUUGUUGUUUGUAUACGAGAAAAAAUACAUCCAAGAAAAACAGUUGGAUGUUUUAAACAACGUGGUGCAUUUACAUUUUUUUAUCCCAGAGAUCAUCGUGUGCCAUUAGUUAAAAUAAGUAGGGAAUCAUUGCAACAAUUUGCUGUAUGUCCAAGCAGUUAUGAAGACACAUUGUAUUUGGUUGUUAUAACUGAUUGGAUAAAACCAAAAUUUGCAGUUGGGAAAAUUGAGAAAAUAGUUGGAAAUAUUGGUGAUAUAAGAACAGAAUCAAAUGCAAUAUUACUUGAAUAUGAUUUAGAUGUUACACCUUAUAGUCCUGAUAUAAUAAAAGGACUUCCAAAUAGUGAUUAUAUUUUAACAGAAAAUGACUUAAAAGAUAGGGAAGAUUGGAGACAAGAAUGCAUAUUUACUAUUGAUCCUGAUGCUGCUGUUGACUUAGAUGAUUCAGUUUCUUGCAAAAUUUUGGAAAAUGAAAAUUAUGAAAUUGGUGUGCAUAUAUCCGAUGUUACUCAUUAUAUGGAAUUUUUAUCUCCAUUAGAUAUUCAGGUUUCAAAACGAGCAACAACCAUAUAUAUGACAGAUAAUGUAUAUCACAUGUUACCAAAACAAUUAUGUCAAAUAUGUUCUUUAUCACCUGGUCAAGAUAAAUUGGCUUUUUCUGUUAUUUGGGAAAUAACACGAAAUGCAGAAAUUGUCAAAUAUCGUUUUGCUAAAACUGUAAUAAGAUCAUGCUGUCAAAUGUCCUAUUAUCAUGCCCAGAAAUUUAUUGAAAAUCCAAAAAAUAAUUGGCCAGAUGACUUUUUAAAUAUAAGUGGAAAUUUUAAUUUUAAUGAUUUAUCAAUAAAAGUAAAUAUUUUACACAAUCUGGCUAUUCAAAUGCGUAAAAAAAGAUUUCAAAAUGGCGCACUACAAAUAGAUCAACCAAAAUUAUAUGUUAAGAUUGAUAGAAUUACGGGUUUACCAAUAUCAUAUAAUAUAGAAGAACAGAAAGAUAGUAACAGACUUAUAGAAGAAUUUAUGUUACUAGCUAAUAUGACAGUUGCUACACAAUUAUAUACUAUGAUUCCGGAGACUGCUUUAUUACGUAACCAUAGGGAGCCUUCAAAACAUAUUCUUACUGUAACAAAAGACACUUUGCAAAGAUUUGGUAUUCAUUUAGAUAUUAAAUCGUCUGCAUCAUUACAUGCUAGUAUUAGACGUUAUGAACAAGGAUUAGAGAAUGAAAACAAUGAAACAAAAAUAACAAUGAAAUACAGGAUGAUGGUUAUCAAUAGUCUUUGUUCCAAAGCUAUGACUCGAGCAACAUAUAUAUGUUCAUCAAUUGUCACAGCAGAAGAGGAAUUGAGACAUUAUGCUUUAAAUGUACCACUUUAUACCCAUUUUACUUCUCCAAUUAGAAGAUAUUCUGAUUGUGUAGUGCAUCGUUUACUUUAUUCAACUAUGAAGAAUAUAGAGAUGCCCAAAGAAUGGUCUAAAAAAUUGUGUAAAUCAAUUGCAACAAAUUGUAAUAUAAAAAAGUAUAGCGCGAAAAUGGCUCAAGAACGAAGUAGUGAAUUAUAUUUUACAUAUUUGAUAGAUUUAAAAGGUCCUAUUGUUACAAUGGGUAUCGUAUUGAAUGUAAAUGAAAAUUUUAUAAACGUUAUAUUGUGUCAACUUGGUAUAAAAUUAAGAGUUUCCAUCACACAGUUAGAAAAAUUGGCAGUUAUUGAAUAUUCUUCGGAAUAUUCUGUUCCUACAAUAAGCAUUUUUUGGAAAAAACCUGCUGUUACUCAGGUAAUAAAUGUUUUUAGUUUAUUAUAUUUGAGAAUCGAAAAACAUCCUGAAUCUUUUCAAUUAAUUGGUAAUCUUUUACCACCAAAUCAAGAAAUAGAAUUGUAACAGUAUUGACGUAUGUUCGCUGUAAAUUAUAUUUGAAAUCGAAUAUUGUACAAAUAUUUUUAUCGCUGUAUACCUUUUUAUAUAAAUCAUAUUGUACAUAUUUUGGCUGUGUAUAUAUAUAUGUAUGUAUGUAUAUAUAUAUAUAUAUAUAUAUAUAAUAUAUAUAUACCGCGUGUACGCGCGCACAUCAUACCAUACAUAUAUUUAUACAUACAUACAUUAUAUUAAAAACUUGAAAUGGUUUUAAGAGAGAUAUAACUUUAUCAAGUGUAUUUUGAAGAAAUUGACAGAAAGAAUAAAUCGAAAAUUUCACAAGAA